AGCCUAACUUUUCCUCUGUCGUCUAUAGUUUAAUUUAUGGAGUCCAACUGUAUCACCUUGAUGGAGACACAUGUCAAAACAUUGAUGGUACGAUUGUUACUGUUAGCCAUAUUUUAAUUAGAUCACUGGAAAAACACAGAACUGAACAAUGGCAAAGUACCUCGCGCAGAUUGUAAUAAUGGGAGUGCAGGUGGUGGGCAGGGCAUUUGCGCGAGCUCUGCGUCAAGAGUUUGCAGCCAGCCAAGCUGCAGCAGAGGCGAGGGGAAGAGCCGGCACGCAGUCUGCUGCAGCGUCUAGCUUUACUGGGAUGACCUUACAGGAAGCCCAGCAGAUUCUAAAUCUCUCAACGCUCACGCCAGAAGAAAUCCAGAAGAAUUAUGAGCAUUUGUUUAAAGUAAAUGACAAAGCGGCUGGUGGCUCUUUCUACCUGCAGUCUAAGGUGGUCCGUGCCAAGGAGCGUCUGGAUGAAGAGCUCACCAUUCAGCAGCAAAACACGCGGCCUGGGUGGAAACAGCAAGGAGAGUCAUGAGUCUGCUCUGUCAUUGCCUGCUUUCUCCUCUGUCCACUUUCACAGUUUGGCCCAUUCCGCUUGGAUGUUGGGUCCAUCAGAAAGGCCAGCUCCCUGUAUUCUUCAUUCCUUGGCCUCAAAAAAGUCGUAAUCUCGGGCAGCAAAUCGAUGAAUCGCUGGAACACCUUCCCACCUCUUAAGCAGCGUACCAACGUAUAUGUUAUUUAUUCCGGAAUGGAAGGUUUUUCUCAGUGGUGUACAUUUUUAAAGCACUGUGUAUAUCCUCGCCUCUUGUUCUCAUUCAAAGGUAAAAAACUGAGGAAAUCUUCCUUGACACAGCUCAUCAAUUGGUUGGCAACCACUGCCUUACACUAACUCCUGCUUCAUAAAUAAGCCUUCAAUAAACCAACUACUCUUUUCCAAAGAAACAUUUUAAUGUUUAUCCUUACUUGAUGUUCUUAAAUGUGUCCUAUUCCAUUAACACCCUCCAAAGUAAAAUGUUUUUUUCUUAGUACGAAAUUAGUCCAGCAUGAUGAUUUCCAUAUAAUGAAUAGGUGACGAAUAAUGAAUAGCCUAUAAUUUUCAAAUAAGGAAGAGGAAACUAUGGUUGAACAAUAACAAAUGUUUCUGACACAACUGGAAAUGAUUCCACAGUGACUCAUGUGGCUUCGAUACACAGCAGGCUGUUUAAACCAUGUGUGCUACACUGGGUUGUGUGUUGUUCAGAGUUGCCAGUAUUUGCAGAGUGGUGAUCAAACCUUAAUUGAGAAAUUAUACUUUUUACUAUAUUAUUUCAUUUAGAUUUCUUAAAAGUACCUUUAUGAUGUUUGUUUAAUAUUACUAGGAUAUAUGGCAUGCGUUAUUAUUAAAUAUUAUUUUCAUGAUGAUUAAUUCCAAAAUUUUGAGCGUUUCUAGAGGCACCCUCACCCUCCAUUGUAAAUUGUGGAAUAUUUGUGUACUGUAGUGCCGGUACAGCACUUUAUCAGCAUAAUUUAGAUUGCACUUUAGUGGAAAAGAAGACCCAGCAAAACUCAGUAUAUCAAAUGUGACUUUAUUAAACAUUUGUUUUUUUUUCAUUGACAUCAUUAUCAAUAUCGUAUUAAAAUUCCUCUAAAACAGGAGCACACACCUAUGUUGUACCAACUGGAGACUGUUACAGCUCUAAAAUUCUGCCUGUUCGGCUUCAGAACAUGAUGCCGGGAAAAUAUAUAUAUAUAUUUAUAUAUAUAUUUAUUUAUAUAUAUUUUUCAUAUACUGUAUUUGUACUUCUACAUUUCACCUAUAAUAAAAGGCACUUGGAAAAAAAUGAAAAUACUGAUAUUAAAAUAUUUUAAUGUGCAAAAAGAAAAGAAACAGGUUAUUGGCCUUUCCUGGCCAUAGUCUUGCAUUAACCCUUUGUGCACCACUGUGGCACUUAUAAGUUUUUUUUGUUUGUUUUUUGAUUUUGGUCUCUGUGAAAGCGGGACAAGCCAGUCUAACUUACUGUCUCACUUCUCUGAGUCUGUAGUUGAUAAACUCUAUAGGGAAAUUGUGGUAUUUGUACCGUAUAUCUACUGCCUCUUUUUAAUGUCAAAUUCAGAAGGGCUUAAGAGGCGAUUACUGUGUCAAAUAUACAUUUAAAUAAUCACUGCUAAACUGUGACUCUGUCCCAGCCAUUUCAGUUAUUGCUCAUGUUUCGCAUACACUAACAAUCAUAUAUGUGAUCAGUUAUUGUGGGUCCCCUGCUGGGAUUUUGCUUCCCCCCUACAUGUUCAGACAGCCCUGAACCAAGCAGGCUUCUCCAGAGUGCUCAAAGGGUUAAUGGGUCAAACAGCUUAUUUGAUAUUUGAAGAUGUAGACCGUGAAGGGUCUGUGUCAUUUUCAGCUUUCUCAAACAGCCAGCAAGAACCAGCCACCAGGGGACAUGGAGAGGAUGGUGGUGGAGAGAACUGAAAUUUGAGGGACUUGAAGAACACUGUAGAAAAAAACAGCCCAAUCAACCAUAUUUUGCAACGUGAGCACACCAUGAAUGCAGCAGGCUCCUGAACAUACCUGCUCCCCUCAGCAACACCCUAAAAGGACCGUGUGUAUGUCCUCUGUCUUGUAUAAGGCUUAGUUUGGGGCAGUUGGUUAAGAUUUUUUAAAUUUAAUCUGGAAAAAAAAAAAGAUUGGCUGAGAGGGAAUGAGAAGACCUACUUUCACUGUUGGCAUCUUUUUUCUUUUAUUUAUUUAAUUAAUUCUUUUACAAGUGGCCUUCAGUGCAGCGCUGU